AUGGCUGAUUAUCAGUACGAUCAACGCCGAUACGGCCCAGCAUCUAACAACCAGCGAGAUGCUGCCUUUUCCAAUAUCUUUGGUUCUCAUCCCCCACCCGGUCGAACUGGCACCAUGACCUCGACUUCCCCGAAUAUGCCGCCGCAAGAUGGAAGAACCCAGACGAUGUCAUCUAUCUCUUCCAACAUGUCCGAUAUGCAGCGCCGGCCCCCUCCGCGACCCCAGCGGGCAGGAGGCUACGAAGAGGCCGUAGCACCGCGAACUAGGACUAUGGAUACGAGUAUCGCGAACGGAUAUUAUCAAAGCCAACGCAAUCCAUCUGGAGGUUACCCUCAGGGGCAAGGUCAAUAUGGGAGGCCGCCGAUGCCCCCUGGACCGAACCAAAGACCUUAUCCUGGCCCGCCUCCGCAAGGCCCGCCGCAAGGACCUCCUCGGUUCGAAUCGAGAGGGCCGCCUCCGUCCGGUUAUCCUCCGCGAAAUCCAGCACCAAGAUAUUAUCAAGGCGGACCCGGUCCAGCCCCUGCUAUGCGUGACGAUCCUUAUCGCUCUCAAUCUCUCGCAAGCAUGCCCCGUCAACCUAUGUAUCAGCCGCCGCCCGGUUCUUACCAAUCUCCUCAAAAUAACUAUAGGCCUUCCCCGAAUAACCCUAUGUCUCGAACAACGGCACAAGGUCGAGUGGUUCCCGAACGUCACGAUGACCGAUCAAUGUCUAUGACUGGCUACCCUCCGGAACGCGAUGCUCACCAGAUGAUGAGCGGCCGAGUAAUCCCCAAUCGCUCGAGGGCUCCCUCAAAUGAGGCGCCUACGAUGAAUGGUAACGGAUAUCCUGGAUACAAUGGGUAUGCUCCUGCCCCUGGGAGCGCAACAAGAACCAUGAGCAUGGCCUCGUCAACCGUUACAGGCGACCACAGUCGUACCAUGUCCAUGGCUAGUACUAUUGUGCCGGAGAAUUCUGAGCAGGCUCGUCAGCAGCUGGCGCAACAGUCGCAACAGCCGCAACAGUUAGUGCAUCGGCCCUCUAUAUCUUCUAGAUCGAUUGACGGCGAACGACCUCCUACGGCCAAGAUCCGACCACCCUUAGUAUACCCUGCACUUCUCUCAAGGGUCGCUGAAUGUUUCCGGCAGAAGAUCAUUACGGGCGAGCGAACGAAAAACGAGUUGACGUACAAGAAUGCUUUCAGCGGUUCCGAGGCCGUCGAUGUUCUAUCGUAUAUCAUCAGGACUACUGACAGGAACUUAGCUUUGCUCCUAGGUCGAGCCCUUGAUGCGCAGAAGUUCUUUCACGAUGUUACUUACGAGCACCGAUUACGAGACUCGCAGUCUGAGAUGUACCAGUUCAGGGAGACGCUAAUGGAUGAACCGGAGGAGAAGCACCCGGUUAAUGGUGUAUUCGUCUUGCUAUCUGAAUGUUAUUCCCCGACUUGUACAAGGGACCAGCUGUGUUAUUCAAUUGCAUGCCCCAGAAGAUUGGAGCAGGUAUCUCGACUAAAUCUCAAGCCCCAGGUGGGAUUAAGAAAGGAUCAAGAUGCUACCAUCAACGAUGACGCGGACCAGACCGACGAGCAAAAGCUCUGGAUCAACACCGUCCCCAAGGAGAUUGCCGAAAGUGUCGGCGACAGAGAAAAGAAGAGACAAGAAGUCAUCUCUGAAAUUUGCUACACCGAAAGAGACUUCGUCAAGGAUCUCGAGUAUCUUAGGGAUUUCUGGAUAUUGCCGCUGCGCUCGAAAGGAUCGCCAAUUCCUGCCCCGAGAAGGGACAAGGUUGUCCAGAAUAUUUUCAGCAAUAUCAUCGACCAUCCAAGCAUACAUUCAGUCAGUUCUAGGUUUGCGAAGGCUCUAACAGAAAGGCAACAAAAGAACCCUGUGGUGAGGAACCUAGGCGAUAUUUUCCUGGAGAUUGUCCCUCAGUUCGAACCUUUUAUUCUGUACGGUUCCAAGCAGCUGGAGGCCAAGUUCGAGUUCGAGAACGAGCGAUCCAGCAACCCUUACUUUUCUAAAUUCGUCGAAGAGAUCGAAAGGAGGAAGGAAUCAAGAAAGCUUGAAUUGAACGGUUAUCUGACAAAACCCACGACCAGAUUGGCUCGUUAUCCGCUACUACUAGAGAACGUCUUGAAGUACACGGAAGAUGGAAACCCUGAUAAGGACGAUAUUCCGAAGGUUCUAGUCAUGAUCCGUGACUUGCUAAGCAGAGUCAACGCCGAGUCUGGCAAAGCUGAGAACCGGUUCAAUCUACGUCGUCUACAUGAACAGCUGAAAUUCCGACCUGCUGAUCGUGUUGACCUCAAGCUAACAGAAGAUGGACGCGAGUUGGUUUUCAAGACCCAAUUCAAGAAGACGCCAACGGAUCCCACCGAUAUCACGGCCUUCCUAUUCGACCACGCUGUUCUUUUAGUACGAAUAAAACAAGUUGGCAAAGGGGAAGAAGUGAAGGCUUAUAGGAGACCGAUCCCGUUGGAGCUGCUUUCCAUCAAGGAGAUGGACGAGGUCAUUCCCCAGUCGGGCGUAAAACGAGCUUCUUCCAAUCUACCAUUCCGCGGCAAGGAUAAUGAUAAAAAGGCCCCAGAAGGAUGGCCCAUCACUUUCCGUCACUUAGGCAAGAAUUACUACGAGCAAGUUUUGUAUGCUUCGAAUCAGACGGCAAGGAAAAAGUGGUUAGAAUUCAUCGAUUCAGCUCAACAACGCCUCCGAGCACGGGCCGACUUCUUCAACGUCAACACCCUCUCUUCUGGUUUCUUCCAGUCUGGCAAUCUAGUCAACACUGUUACGCCUUUCGAUGGCGGUCGUAAACUCAUAUACGGCACAGAUCAUGGCAUCUACGUUUCGGACCGAAAGGUUAAGGACCAGGUUCCUAAGCGUGUCAUCGAAGCACAACACGUUACUCAGGUUGACGUAUUGGAAGAAUACGGUCUCGUGCUAGUGCUAUCGAACAAGACGAUGUCAUCGUACUCACUUUCGGCCCUAGAUCCGAAUGAGCCAGCACUUGCGAAGAGACCAAAGAAGAUCCAAAGUAACUGCAAUUUCUUCAAGACGGGUAUCUGUCUAGGUCGGCAUCUAGUCUGUUGCGUCAAGUCUAGUGCGCUUUCGACAACGAUUAAGGUGUACGAGCCCAACGAUUCAAUGUCCAAGGGUAAGAAACAGAAGGGUUUCGGUAAGAUGUUCAACGCUGGCCAAGACGAGUUGAAGGCCUUCAAGGAAUUUUACAUCCCGACUGAAUCGUCGUCUGUUCACUUCCUCAAGAGCAAGCUCUGUGUGGCAUGUGCCAGAGGUUUCGAGGUCGUUUCGCUCGAAACGCUCGAAACGCAAUCGUUGCUGGACCAGGCCGACACCUCGCUUGAUUUUGUUGCAAGAAAGGAGGGUGUGAAACCGAUCCACAUAGAACGUCUUAACGGAGAGUUCUUACUUAACUACUCGGAGUUCUCGUUCUUCGUCAAUAGGAAUGGUUGGAGGGCGAGACCAGAGUGGCGGAUUGACUGGGAGGGGACACCGCAAGCAUUUGCGCUGUCUUACCCGUGGAUCCUGGCGUUCGAGCCCAACUUUAUUGAGCUUAGGAAUAUCGAAAGCGGUGCAGUCCACAUUGUUCCGCAUAAGAACAUCCGGAUGCUGCACAGUAGCACGCACGAGAUCUUGUUUGCAUACGAAGACGAAGCUGGUGGCGACAUUAUCGCUGCUCUCGACUUCUGGAAAAGCACUCGAAAGUCGGAGCUGCUUGCUCCAUGA